AUGACAUCACAGGUUCAGAAAUCAUUUGAUGAGGAAGAGGCCGAUGAUGUUGAAGAAGAUGAUGAAGAAGAGUACUAUGAUGAAAAGAAAGAUGACAUCAAGGAAGAACAGGAUACAACGGAACAAAAUGUUAAUCAAAUACCUGAAUAUGAGGGACAAAACAUUAAAUCAUGUGGGAGUGAGGAAAAAAGUUAUGUUCUUACUGAAACCAUAAAGAAAGAAAACGCUAUUCUAGAAAAAGACACCUCUAAACAAGAGGGAGAAAAUGCUGAAGUUUGUGUAACAAACACUUCUGAUCUAGCUGUUGCAGGCAGCCGUGACAGAACAUCUGGAAGACUACUGGAUAAGGUGGGAAUUUUAAAAAUGAAUAAUAAUAACAUGCAAUCUUUUAUUGCCUGGUAGCAAAAAAAGAUGAUAAACUGUUAUUAGUAUACCC